CGGACGAGGUGAGAUGGUGACACUAAAAUAUUUUGGUAGAAUUAAGUUGUACCUUGAGUUCGAAUCUGAUUGCUUUUGCUGUAACCUCUAGGCAGAAGGAAAGCACAAAAAGAAGAUGAAAAAGAAAGCAAAACACAAGCUUGGGAAGAGGAGGAGGGAUUCAUCUCCAGAACAAGAAAACACUGUAGAGUCAAAGAUACAUAAAACAGAUGCCAAUGGCACCACGACUACAGGUCGUCACUUUACUAUCAGUCUUGCCCUCCCAGGCUCUAUUCUGGAUAAUGCACAAUCACCAGAAUUGAGGACAUACUUAGCAGGCCAGAUUGCUCGUGCUCUAGCAGUUUUCAGUAUAGAUGAAGUUGUCGUCUUUGAUGAGUCAGGAAAAGCUAAGAUUGAAUCUAGCAGUGGAUUAAACCACAAAUCAGACCCCAAUAUUUUGCUGGCAAGGAUACUUCAAUAUCUGGAAUGUCCCCAGUACCUCAGAAAAGACUUCUCAGUGUUUACACAGAGUCCAUACAAAGAUGGUUAUGAUGUCACGAUAGGAACUUCAGAGAGGGGCACUAUGGUAGAUGAUCUAGUUUUGCCAAAUUUUAGGUACAUUUAGUGUACAAAUUUGAUUUGUAAA